UCUGCGGGGCUCAGCAGCAAGUCCUGCCUGGAUCCGGGUAAGAAGAGGGAGGUGCCCCAGAGCCAGCGAGCGCUUUGAGCUGUUCUUUUGUCGGUGGUGGUCGUGGCGCUUGAACUCAGGGACCGGCCUCUGCCCCCGAGCUGUUCCGCUGAAGGCUGCCACUCCACAGCUUCCAGCCACAGCCCCCUUCUGGUGAAUUGCAGAUGACAGUCUCAGCCUGUCCUGUCUACACUGGCUUCAAACACGACCCUCAGUUCUCAGACUCCCGAGCAGCGGGGAUUACAGGCGUGAGCCUCCAGCGCUUGGGGCUUUGUUACUUCUUACAUUCCUGGUCUACCAUUCUCAUGAACAACUGUUAUUUGGAGAAGACAGAGUGACAGAUAAUUACGAUAUUUAAUACUUGCCCUUCAGGCUGAAGGCUAAGGUAGCUGCAAGAGUGGGUAACAACUGUGAGCUUGAAGGAAUGACUGAAAAUAAUCCACUCUCUUUAGAACAACCCAUGGCGUUGUUAGAGGCAAUUUCACAGUUAAUUCUGAAUAAAAUGCCAACUGCAGAGUAUUCCAGCUUGUUGAAUGACUUCGUUGAAUCUGAGUUUUUUCUGAUCGAUGGAGACUCCUUACUGAUCACGUGUAUAUGUGAGAAGUCACUGAAGCAGGGGCAGAGUCUCCAUUUCUUCUACCUGGUUGAAUGCUAUCUCUUGGAUCUCAUUAACAAAGGAGGCCAUUUUGCUGUAGUUUUCUUCAAGGAUGCUGAGUAUGCCUACUUCAGCUUCCCAGAACUUCUUCCUUUGCGAACUGCUUUAAUUCUUCAUCUUCAGAAAAAUACCACCGUUGAUGUUUGGACUGAAUUUUCUAGAUGCUUUUCACCAGAGUGGCAAACUUGCUUGAAAGAGACUUGCCCAUAUUUCCUGAUAGUUGCAGAUGAAGGCCUGAACCAGUUGCAAACACAUCUUUUCAACUUUUUAAUCAUUCACUGUUGGGCAAUGAGAGUCAAUAUUGUGCUCUUUUCAGGACAAGCAUCUGACAUUCUUCGACUUUAUGCUUACUUUAUGCCAAGCUUGUAUGAUGAUGUGAAGCUUUUAUCGAAGAAUAGAACGCAGAUUUGGACUGUGUACAAAUCCCUGCUUAAACAAUUGGAAGAGAACAGAACCUCUGCAGUAGCAACUCUCUUUAGAGAUUUAAAAUGGGAUACUGUGCUGGAAAAGGCAUCUGAGAUUAUAUCACUGCUUAAGAAAAUCUGGCCAGAAAGAUCUGAUGUUCAACGUGUAUUUUGUGUUACUUCAUGUUCAUUGUUUUUGCAAAUAAAUCAUGACUUUUUACCCAAGAAAAAGAAGGCCAUUUCUUCUAAAAACAACAACAAACAACAGGGUUCCUGCUUAGGCCUGGCGGAGAUGAAAGAUUUUUGCAAACUUCAUUGUCUCACUAUGGCUUUUCUACUUAACUUACCUCUUCCUCAACGAGCUUGCUCUAGAUUCAUCACAGCUCCUUGGAUUAAGGCAAUUCAGACUCUCUUUAAAAUGAAAAAGUGGUGUGACUAUUUCAUCCUAAGUAAUAAAAGCCUCUUCAGAUUUUGGGAUCUGAAUUCUGUUUACCUUUCUGACCUAACUGAUGAUGUUUUGUUGAAGAAUAUUGCUUUUUACUAUGAAAACGAGAAUGCUGACGGCCUACAUUUGCAUCUGGGAAAAACCAUUAUGAAAGAUUAUGAAUAUCUUUGGAAUACUGUGUCAAAGUUGGUAAGAACGUUUGAUGUGGGGAAGCCAUUUCCUUUGAGAACAUCAAAACUUCAUUUUCUUAAAAAGAAACUAUCACCCAUCAAAGAAAGUUCUCAGGAAAAGAUGCCUAAAUUAGGAUUUAUCCCAAUGUCAUCUAAGGUUAUUGAUGAAUUUGUUGGUGACAUUUUGAAAGACUUGCCUUUCUUAAAGAGUGAUGACCCUAUUGUUAUGUCACUGGUUAAGCAAAAGGAAUUUGAUGAACUUGUCCAUUGGCAUUCUCACAGACCCCUCAGUGAUGAUUAUGACAGGACAAAGGCCAACUUUAAUGCAAAUUCCAGAGAUCCUCACAUCCUUAAAUCCUUGCAAAAGUAUCAUAUUUUUCAAAGAUUGUAUGGCAAUUCCUUAGAAUCAGUCUCUUCCAAACUCAUUGUAACUCAAGGUGUUAAAGCAAAGAAGGAUUGUCAUGAGGCUAAGAGCAAAAAGAAACAUGAGACCAAGGCUGAAUUAAUUGCUAAAGAGAACAAGAAGAGGUUACUUGCUAAAGAAGAACAAAAAGAAGAGCAAAAGUGGAAUGCUUUAUCACUUUCUAUUGAAGAAGAAAUGAAAAAGAAUUUAAACUCAGGAAUAAAGAAACUAGAAGACUUUUUGAAAUCAUGUAAGAGUAAUUCAGUCAAAGUUCAAGGUGAAAUGGUAGGAUUAAUGGCUUGUUUGAAAACAUGGAAAGAACACUGCAAAGCUGAAGGAAAAAUCAGAAAAGAUUUAAGUAUAGUUGUUCAAAUGAUGAAAAGGAUUCAGUCCUUAGUGGAUAAAUAUUCAGAACUGCUGCAAGAAGCAGAUUGGAAGUUUAUAGCUAAAUGCCUCAAGUAUUUGAGAUUUGAUGAGUUGGCAAGUUCUUUAUACCCAACCCAAGAUACAGAUGACAUAAAUAAGAAGAAAAAAAGUAAAUAUUCAGUGGGUAUUGGGCCAGCUCGCUUUCAACUACAAUAUAUGGGCCAUUAUUUAGUUAGAGAAGAAAGGAAAGAUCCCGAUCCUCGGGUCCAAGACUUCAUUCCAGACACAUGGCAGCGGGAGCUUCUCGAUGUCGUGGAUAAUUACGAGUCUGCAGUAAUCGUCGCCCCAACAUCCUCAGGCAAAACCUAUGCUUCCUACUACUGCAUGGAGCGCGUGCUGAAGGAGAGCGACGAAGGCGUGGUUGUGUACGUCGCACCCACAAAGGCUCUUGUUAAUCAAGUGGCAGCCACUGUUCAGCACCGUUAUACCAAAAAUCUGCCAAGUGGUGAAGCACUCUGUGGUGUUUUUACAAGAGAAUAUCGCCAUGAUGCCCUAAACUGUCAGGUACUUGUUACAGUGCCUGCCUGCUUUGAAAUUCUGCUGCUAGCUCCUCACCGCCAACAGUGGGUGAAGAGGAUCAGAUAUGUUAUAUUUGAUGAGGUUCAUUGUCUUGGUGGGGAAAUUGGAGCCGAAAUCUGGGAGCAUCUCCUUGUCAUGAUCCGAUGUCCCUUUUUGGCUCUUUCGGCUACGAUAAGUAACCCGGAACGUCUUGUCGAGUGGCUACAAUCAACCAGACAUUACUGGAAAAAAGUAGAUAGUGUGAUGAAACCAAAUAUUGCUUCUGAAACGAAGGCUGGCUACCACGCCCAAAACAACUUUCAAGUACAACAAUCACAUAAAGUUAGACUUGUGCUGUAUGGAGAGAGAUAUAAUGAUUUAGAGAAGUAUAUCUGCUCAGUAAAAAAUGAUGACAUUUGUUUUGAUCAUUAUCAUCCAUGUGCUGCACUAACCACAGAUCAUAUUGAAAGAUAUGGAUUCCCUUCUGAUCUUGCCCUUUCUCCUCGAGAAAGCCUUCAGCUUUAUGAUACUAUGUCUCUAAUCUGGAAGGAAUGGCCUCAGGCCCAGAAUCUGUGUCCAGAGAACUUCAUUCACUUUAAGAAUAAAGUGGUCAUUAAAAAGUCAGACGCUAGAAAAUAUGAAGAGAGCUUAAAGUCAGAAUUAACAAGUUGGGUUAAAGAUGGCAAUAUAAAGCAGGCUAAAAAGGUGCUGAAGCAUCUUAACCCUCACUCAGAGUUUCGCUCAGGAAAUUUGUUGGAAAAGUUUCCACUUCUUGUGGAGAAGCUAAGUGAAAUGAACCAGCUACCUGCAAUCUUUUUUAUAUUCAGUUUGAAAAAUGUAGAAAUGUGUGCUGAAAGUGUGGGCAAAUCCCUGGAGAAAAAGCAGGAGGAAAAACGAUCCCCCAAAGCUGAUAAAGAAGCCCAUGUCAUGGUUAGCAAACUUCAAAAGUUUAAAAAAUCUAUGGAGAAGCAAAAGAUAGUAGAAGGAAAAAAACAGCAAAAGACCAGAAAACUGGAUCAAAGCCUGUACCAUGAAGCCCAAUAUAAUCAUCUAUUGCAAAGUCUAGAGGAGAACCUGAAAAUGCCUCAGGACUGCACAUACGCUGAUUAUAAAGUGAUCGACUCUGAGUAUUUGCAGAUGGUGUUUAACCGAGUAAAAUUUGAAAGAAAAGGUGACCAAUUGAAAGCUCUGGCAAGAAGGGGUGUUGGCUACCAUUACAGUGCCAUGAGUGCCAAAGAAAAACAGUUGGUGGAAAUCCUCUUUAGGAAAGGGUUUAUUAGGGUGGUGACAGCAACUGGAACACUUGCUUUAGGAAUCAAUAUGCCUUGCAAGUCUGUAGUUUUUGCUCAGAAUUCAGUCUAUCUGGAUGCUUUAAAUUACAGACAGAUGUCUGGCCGUGCUGGAAGACGAGGUCAAGACUUAUUGGGAAAUGUAUAUUUCUUUGAUAUUCCACAGCCCAAAGUAGAAAAACUCAUAAAAUCCAAAGUUCCUGAGCUGAGGGGACAGUUUCCUUUCAGUAUAACACUGAUCCUGAGACUCCUGCUGCUGGCUUCCAAGGCAGAUGAUCAGGAAGACGGCCAGGCUAAGGUGUUGUCAGUGCUAAAGCACUCACUGCUGUCUUUCAAACAACCCAAAAUUAUGGAGAUUUUAAAGCUGUAUUUCUUGUUUACCUUGCAAUUCCUGGUGAAAGAGGGCUAUAUUGAUCGAGAUGGUAACCCCACAGGGUUUGCUGGACUUGUAUCACAUUUGCACUAUCACGAACCUUCUAAUCUUGUUUUUGUCAAUUUUCUUGUAAAUGGUCUUUUCCAUAAGCUUUGUCAGCCAACUAAGAAAGGCUCUAAACGCUUUUCUGAAGAUACUAUGCAAAAGUUGGUGUUGGUCCUCGCAAAUCUGUUUGGAAGACGGUUUCUUCCAGCAAAGUUACAAGAUGCUGACACCAAGUUUUAUCAAUCAAAGGUGUUUCUUGAAAAGCUCCCCACGGAUUUCAAAGCAGCUUUGGAAGACUAUAACAGCAAAGUUACACAGGAUUUUACUUCUUUUCUACUAAUUGUGUCCAGAUUGGCUGAUAUGAAACAGGAAUGCGAACUCCCACUGUCAAAAACCCAAUUCAUCGGCCAAGAAUGCGCCGACUCUCCACUGGUGGCUCACUUGAUGAACUGCACCCAAGGAAGAGGGGCAGUGUCCCCGUUUGUCUCUCUCUCUGGCAACUUUGAUGAUGAUUUGCUUUAUCCUGAAAUUCCACACCGUAACAUUUUACGCACCCUUGGUAUUAGUUAUGCUCAGGCUCCUUUACUGUUGCCACAAAAUUUUGACAGUCAAGGAAGAAGAAUGCCACUUAAUGCUUACAUACUUGACUUCUACAAACAUGGCUCCUUGAAAGGGUUAGUCCAGGACAACAGAAUAAAUGAAGGAGAAGCUUACAACUUGUUGAAAGAUUUUUCACUCACUGUUAAGUCUAUCAGUGUUUCAUUGCGUGAACUGUGUGAAAAUGAAGAUGAUAAUGUCGUUUUAGCAUUCGAACAAUUGAGUGAAACCUUUUCUGAAAAAUUUAAGAAAAUAUAAAAGUGAAAAGCAUGCAACUGACGCAAACUAUUUUCAGAGAAGUUUUGCAAGUUACAUUCAUGAUACUUGGGGUUUUGUGUCAGAGAAGAUUUUGUUACGGAGUGGAGAUCUAUUGAGGGACAGGUGACAAAAAGUACAAAAAUUCUAUAUGGAAUUAAAGAACAAGUUUCUCACUAUAUUUUAACCCCCGUUUUCACUGUAUUUGAUGUUGGUAUAAUUUUGGGAGGGGAAGGAAAAAAACAAACGUUUAAAUAGGAA